AUGCCCCUAUUUUCGUCCAUCCUCCUGCUCGCGGGACUGGUGGUAGCCGCUCCGGUGGUAACCGGGGAUGAAGAGUGCCACUCCCAAACCAUCUGUGUCGAUGGGAUCAACACGUGUGGGAUCAGAUAUGGCGGUUGCUACGAUGUCUGUGACCUCUCGGCCAAACCCGUCGCACCGCCCUGCCCAACGACCACUAAGAAGCCUCCCGUUCCUACUACCACCAAGGUCAUCACCAAAGUGACCACCCUCAAGCCUAAGCCGACAGCUACCCAAAAGCCCACCAAAAAGCCCACUCCCACGACGACCAAGAAGCCCACCCCAACCAAGAAACCCACCCCAACCAAGAAGCCGACUCCCACGACGACCAAGAAGCCUACGCCAACCAAGAAGCCCACGCCGACCAAGAAGCCUACCCCAACCAAGAAACCCACGCCAACCAAGAAGCCGACCCCAACCAAGAAGCCGACCCCAACCAAGAAGCCGACCCCAACCAAGAAGCCGACCCCAACCAAGAAGCCGACCCCCAAGCCAACCACCAAGAAGCCCACGGUCAAGCCCCCGGUGACCCCCACCCCAACCAAGAAGUUCACCACCUCCACCACCAAAGCCGCGAGCUGCAACACCCACGUCUCGGUUUGCUGGGACGGUAUCAACGAUUGCGGUAUGAUGUACGGCGGCUGCUUCCCCGACUGCAAGCCGUGGCCUACCUUCACGCCUCCCCCGUGCCCGACCAAGUCCGCGCCUGUGGUGACUACUAAAGUGGUAACGUUGCAGCCACCACUGACGGUGCCGCAUAACUAG